CAAGAAGAAGCCAACUGUUUGCCGGAGGGAGAGAGACAGAAGUCUCCCACCUGAGCGCAAGCAGACUUUUCUCGCCAAUGACGUUUAUUAAAAAAAACAUAAUUUCCGAAAAAAUAGAAAUGUCACCGCAAUGUAAAGGUUGGUGAACAUUUUCAAGGCGAGCCUCUGUUGAGUGUCGGAGCUUACCACCAACCACGGAGCGGCUGUCACCCGGAAGGCCGCCGCCACCACCGCCGCCGCACCCGGUGGGGAUUGAACCUUCUCUCCCCGACGCAUGGAGGCCAGCAGCACGUAGACGCGCCUUCCAACCCGCGCUGAAAUUGACGGUCCUCCGGUAAGAAUGGCCUCCUUGGGGAUCGGCCGAGAGGAAUGCUUGGCAACUGUAAGAGGUCUGGAGCUGAGGGCUGGUCAGAAGGAGGCCAGACUGCUGUCACUUAUUGAACGUGGGGGCGAGUUUAUACUCGGCGUGCUGGCCACCCCUGAUGCAGUGGUGGCUCGUCCGGUGGCCCAGCUGUCCAUACCCAUCAACGGUAAAUUCCAAAUAGUCAAAGAGGCCGAGGAGGCUCUUCUCAUUGACUUCUCCCUGGUUUCUGGGCUCAGGAUACGAAUAAAAGGAGAUAAAGCCCCAGAACUCCAGUUGGAACUCCAGGAUGACGAGCGCACGCAGACUUUCCUCACGCAGGUGAUAAGCGCCCAACAACAAGUUCAGUCGAAUCGCUCCAACCCCGGCGUGAUGGAUCACGAUGAAACAACACCUCAAAGAGGUACAGUCCCCAACCCGCCUCAGCGUGGACACAAGACUGCCAACUGUGUGGACUCUGGAGUCAACCAGCCAAGUACGACCAGCCUCAAUAGCAACAAAUCCACACAUCGGACUAAUGCAGUUCAGUCGCUCGCCUCAGACUUUGGCUUUGAGGACAACUUCGAUCACACCUUGAAAGUGGAGGAAAAGAAGAACCAGCAGAACAGGAUGGUGGCCCCAAGGGAACCUCCUCCGGUUCCCCCUCUGCCUCCGCGCAAAGCCUCCUUCACUCCCUCUUAUCAGCUGCCUGCGCCCCCGCACCUUAAAGAGAGAGCCGUCUCCUCUCAAGCCAAAGACAACUCCAGACCAGAUAGUUUCAGACCGGGCUUCGAGCGGGACAGGCCGGCGUCUUGGUCCGACAGUCCCACCACAAACACGAUGAGACAUGCCAUGUUCUCCAGCCAGGCGGGGCAGAGGGAGUACCUCAUCAAACGCCGCCUGGGAAAGAAGGAAAACGAAUAUGUGGACCUCCAGAACUUCAGGCUCUUCACUGGUACUUGGAAUGUUAACGGGCAGUCUCCAGACAGCAGCCUGGAGUCCUGGCUCUCUUGUGACGCAGAACCUCCUGAUAUGUACGCCCUGGGUUUCCAAGAAUUGGACCUGAGCACUGAAGCUUUCUUCUACAUGGACUCCUCCAAGGAGCAGCUGUGGGUGGAGGCAGUUGAGAGAGGCCUACACCCUAAAGCACAUUAUAAGAGGGUUCGCAUCAUAAGACUGGUUGGCAUGAUGUUGGUGGUCUAUGUCAACAAGACACACAAGGGUAACGUCAAAGAAGUGGCCGCAGAACACGUCGGCACGGGAAUCAUGGGCAAAAUGGGGAACAAAGGAGGGGUGGCAGUGAGGUUUGUGUUCCACAACACGAGUUUCUGCAUCGUCAACUCGCAUCUGGCGGCACACGUGGAAGAUUUUGAGCGUCGCAACCAAGACUAUAAAGACAUUUGCGCUCGCAUGACCUUCCACCUACUGGACCACCCCCCUCUGAGUAUCCACAAGCACGAUGUGGUCAUCUGGUUUGGGGAUUUGAACUAUCGCCUCUUCAUGUACGACGCUGGUGAGGUCAAACGCCUCAUCUCCCAGAAUGAGCUGAAAAAGCUUCAGGAGUUUGAUCAGCUGAACAUUCAGAGGCAGACCAGAAGAGCCUUCACUGACUUCAUGGAAGGAGAGAUCAACUUCAUCCCAACGUACAAGUACGAUUCCAGAACGGACCGUUGGGACUCCAGCGGAAAGUGUCGUGUUCCAGCGUGGUGUGACAGGAUCCUGUGGCGGGGCAACGAUGUCAAGCAGCUCAAAUACCGCAGUCACAUGGAGCUGCAAACCAGUGACCACAAACCGGUCAGCUCCAUAUUCAAAAUAGGGGUGAAGGUGGUCAAUGAGCAGCGCCACAAAAAGGUGUUUGAGGAGAUUGUUCGUGCUAUGGACAGAAUGGAGAACGAUUUCCUUCCGUCUGUGACGCUGAGCAGGAGAGAGUUUAUGUUUGAGAAUGUAAAGUUCCGGCAACUCGAGAGGGAGCGUUUACUCAUAAAGAAUGACGGGCAGGUGCCCUGUCACUUUGCUUUCAUCCCCAAACUCAACGACUCGCAGUACUGCAAGUCUUGGCUGCGUGCUGAGCCGAGCGAGGGAUUCUUGGAACCAAAUGAGACCCUCGAGAUCUAUCUGGAGGUCUACGUCAGUAAAGACUCUGUCACGCUGCUCAACUCCGGCGAGGACUCCAUCGAAGACAUUCUGGUGCUCCACCUGGACCGAGGCAAGGACUACUUCAUCACCAUCUCGGGCAACUACCUGCCCAGCUGCUUCGGCACCUCGCUGGAGACCCUGUGUCGGAUGAAGAAGCCCAUCAGAGAGAUCCCCAUCACCAAACUCAUCGACUUGGGAGAGGACAGCUUCACUGAAAAGGAACGGUCAAAGAUGAACUUCCUGAUGGGGGAUGCCACAAGCACAGAGGACGCACCUCUCAAAAUCCCCAAGGAGAUGUGGAUCCUGGUCAACCAUCUCUUUACAAAGGCUUGUGAUCAGGAGGACCUGUUCCAAACACCAGGAUUAAAGGAGGAGCUGCAGGCAAUCAUUGACAGUCUGGAUACCAGCAUUCCAGACACCAUCCCUGGCUGCAACCAUUCCGUGGCCGAGGCUCUACUGAUCUUCUUAGAGGCCUUGCCGGAGCCGGUGGUGUGCUACGAGCUCUACCAACGCUGCCUGGACUGUGCCCACGACAGCCGCCUAUGCAUACAGUUGAUUUCCCAGCUGCCUCGUACCCACCGUAACGUGUUCCGCUACUUGAUGGCUUUCCUGAAGGAGCUGCUCAAGCACGUGCACAACAACAACCUAACAGCCAGCCUUAUAGCCACCCUCUUUGCCAGCCUUCUCAUCCGACCUCCUCCCAGCAUGGCGAACCGGCAGACAUCCCACGACCGCCAGAAAGCCAUCAACUUUAUUCUGGGAUUCCUGAUGGCGGGAGAUGACGAGUAGUAACGCCGCGUUGCCGGAAUCCACCUCGAGUCUUUACAGUGUCUCCACACGGGCUGAAAAAGACUUUUUUUUUCAUCCCCUCACAAACUCAUGUUGGAGAUCCCCGAGGGCUUCAUGCUUUUACCAAGUGUCGACCAGUUUGGCCACUUGGCUGCGUUCACAAGCACUUUGGAGCGGUGUGCACUUUCUGAGACCUCCAAGUACAGUCUUGUCCUCUUUCCUAACCGACCCAAAUCUGCACCAAAGAGAGCGGCGCAGAUGUGACAACACGGCAAGAGCCUCUGCUCUUCUAGCAUACCUCUCAGAGAAGUUUUGGAGGACAAUCGCAUUACAUGAGAUGCGUCGUCUGUUUUAAUUGAAGGGGAUCAGACGACUGCGAGGAGUAUCUGUUAGGUGUUAUUUAUGCGUUUCUAUUUCAACGACGUAUGACGUGGCGCACAUUUACGUCGGAUAAAUGCUGUUACACCGUUUAUGUGUUCCCUCCGACACUGCAUCCUUGCCAUAGAUAAUGGAGCUCAGGGCUAUUCAAGUGGGGGCCAAAUCCAAGUUUAGUGCAAAACUUUGGGAGACAAACAUUUUUGCAGCAAAUUCUUAAAAAACAGGAGUGCUCCUGUUGUCUAGAGGAACCUGGACCACUAUAAACACAUCAGCACAUCCUUGCAUUGACAACAUCACCUUGCUAGCAAAUAGCAGACUAGGGUCCAAACUUGUGAUCUACAUAACUGAGGCGUUCCUCAAGGCACCCCUUUAGGUCCUCUCCUUUUAGGCAGUGAUUUAUACAUCUAAGGUGCUGCUGUAGCUUCUUCACUACCGAUGCAGUCAGUAAUCAUUUGUUCAACUUCUUUAGUCAUACUGGUGGUGUUCCUCAAGGAACCAUUUUAGGUCCUCUCCUUUUUGGCAGUGAUUGAUGUAAUUAAGGUGCUGCUGCAGCUUUUUCACUACCGAUGCAGUCAGUAGUCAUUUGUUCAACUUCUUUAGUCAUACUGGUGGUGUUCCUCAAGGAUCCAUGUUAGGUCCUCUCCUUUUUGGCAGUGAUUGAUGUAACUAAGAUGUUGCUGUCGCUUCUUUACUUCCGAUGCAGUCCGUAGUCAUUUUCGUUUAUCCUCUUAAGGUAUACUAGUGGUGUUUCUCAAGGCUCCGGUUUAGGUCCUCUCUUUUUCAUCAUUUGGGGCCCUUCCAGUAGAGGUCCCCAUUUAAAAGACAACAUUGCAGCAGAUUGUUAAAAACACUAGAGGUGAUCUUUGACGAGAUUUUGUGCAGAAGUAUUCUGACAAAAUAAAUAGACCAAAAUCAAAGAGGACACUGGUUCUCCAGAAUGUGUCAAAUGAGUCUAAUAGUGAAGGGAGAAGUCCGGAUUUGCUUCUUGGAAAUGUGGCCCCUGAAAGGAUUUAGUGUAGAAGAACAUUGAUGCAUUAGUUUUAGUGAAUAAUGAUACGUGGACCAAUUCAGAGACACUAUGUUGGUGUGCCGCGACACAGUGGUUGGGAAUCCCCGCCGUGGAGAACAUUUCGUCUUGGGAGCGUUUGCUGUGUAUUUGUUUUGUUUUGUCCUUGCCUUUUUUUGGGAGCCUUACAUCAAGUUUGUCCUGUUCGUCCGGAGUUACGCAAGAAGUGCUAUAAUUGAUACACUGACUUCCUGCUUCAAGAUUGCAACCUGCCGUCCUCAAGGCUGUAAAUACUGACUGUUUGGCGUGGUCCUUGGUCAUUAUGAAAAUAUGGUACUAUCUAUAUUGUGUGUGUUUUUAUUUCCUUGUUUUUAGGUGCCCCUCAUCUAAACGCUUACACGAUUCAUCGUUUUGUCUGUCUGACACUGGUUUCCCACCCAGGUUUUGCAAAGUUCACCGCGCGAUCGCAGGUCGUAUCCUCUUUUUGACGCCGCUACUUCAACAGUGUUUCAUAAAUGAAUGGAGGAGAAAAAAACAUUGAUCGUCUGCGCUAUGUUUUUCUUGUAAAACGUGACAAUCACGCAUGCUUCAGCCUGGACAUGUUCCAGGUGUCUUCUGAACUACUGCUUCACAAAUUCCACAACCUUACCUGAAAUCCAUCCUCAGGGAUGUCCUAUGCCAGUGAAUCAUCUGUAUUUAUGUCUAUUUUAGUGCGCACCAUCUGCUCCUCAAUGAAGGUACUUCUUUGCAGCUUUGUUUUGUUUGUUACUCUUUAAUUUAUUCAAUGACAGAAAUAAACACAUUUAAAUGUU